GGCUCCGCGGGGGCUGCCCGGGACACAGAGCAUCCCCGCUGGGGCCACUGCAGUGCUGCUGGGGGGCUGGGGCUGCCCCUUCUUCUGCUGCCUGGGGCUGGGCUCACCCUGCUUUUGCUGUGUGGGGCUGGGGUCACUCCUCUUUUUGCUGCGUGGGGCUCAAAUCCCCCUCGUUCUACUCUGCAGGGCUGGGGUCACCCCCCCUUCUUGCUGCAGGGGGCUGAGACAACCCCUGCUCUGCUUCGUGGGGCUGGGGUCACCCCCUUUUUGCUGCAUGCAGCUGGUGUCACCCCCUCUUCUGCUCCGUGGGUCACUCUCCCCCCAUCUCCCGUGUCCAGCAGUGAAGGACCAUGAAGGUGAAGGUGAUCUCUGUCCUGGAGGACAACUACAUGUACCUGGUGAUCGAGGAGAGCAGCCGGGAGGCCAUUGCCGUGGAUGCCGCCGUCCCCAAAAGGUUGCUGGAAAUCAUCAGGAAGGAGGAGGUGGUGCUCAGAGCAAUCCUCACCACCCACCACCACUGGGACCAUGCGAGAGGGAACGAGGAGCUGGCGAGGCUCUUCCCUGGCCUGCGGGUAUACGGCGCCGAUGAGCGGAUCGGGGCUCUGACGCACAAAGUGACCCACGACCAGGAGCUGACGUUUGGGGCCAUCCGGGUGCGGUGCCUCUUCACCCCCUGCCACACCUCGGGCCACAUGUGCUACUUCAUGUGGGAGGACGGCUCCCCGGACGCUCCGGCUCUCUUCUCAGGUGACACCCUUUUCGUGGGAGGCUGCGGGAGGUUCUUUGAGGGGACGGCGGAGCAAAUGUACACCAACCUCACCCAAAUCCUGGGCACUUUGCCAAAGGAGACGAAGGUGUUCUGUGGGCAUGAAUGCACCAUCCGAAACCUCAAGUUUGCCUUGAAAGUGGAACCGGAGAAUGAAAUCGUAAAGAAGAAACUCGCAUGGGCCAAACAGCGGGAUGAUGAGGAUUUGCCCACAGUGCCCUCCACACUGCAGGAGGAGUUCCUCUACAACCCCUUCCUGCGGGUCACAGAGGAGUCCUUACAGAAGUUCACGGGCAAGACAGACCCGGUGGAGGUGCUGAGGACCCUCCGCACUGAGAAGGAUAACUUCAAGAAGCCCAAGGAGCGGCCCAAUCCCCAGGCCAUGCUCGCCUUUGACUGGGGACUUUUCAGCCCCUUCCUGGAGAAGAAGUGAGCGGCCGCAGCAGCAGCUGCUGCAAUGCAGCAUCCCCGUCGUGGUGGGGGCUUCCUCUUGACUCCAACUGACUCCCGUUAGACUCGGCAGUCGGGAAGUGAUUUUUGUCUUUAACUUGCUUGUGUUGAGGCUGCUCCGCUUCGCUCCCUCCAGCGUUGCCGGGCUCCCCUGGCUGCUGGGAGCUUUGCUGAGUGCCCGGUCCCUGGCGCAGGGAGCACGCUCAGCCGUGCAGUUAAACCUGCGGGAUGCUGGGCUGCAGUCGCUGCUGGCAGAGGGGCAGGGGAUGGUUUGGAGGAGAGGACAUCCACGCUCGUGAUGCUGGGGUUAGCAGGUGCAGGAGCUGUCGCCUAUCCUGCAGCCCUUUGCCUGCAGGAGCCGGAGAGAGCAUGGAAAGGGUGCGGACACUGGGGACCAUGGUGCUGUGCCCCUUGGACCACCAGCACCCAGUGGGCUGCAAGGCUCUCUGGCCUGCAGUCCUUCCUGGGUCCAAAGGUGCUGAGCUCCCACCUGGCCAGGCUGUUGGGAAGCUCUCCCAGCCCUGCCUGCUCCCCCCACCCCCUGCACCCUCCGAGGGCAGGCAGGAGCUGCCUGGUUCCAAAGGCAGGGAUGAGGUGCAGAGACUUGGAUGCAUGAGAAGCUGGGAAGGGGACUGGUGUUUUUGCUGGCGUGCCACAGUACCUGCCUCCAGACCUAACAGAAACCCUUGUUGCAGUGGGAUUUGUGGUUUUUUUCCACCCUAUUUUUAUGGUAAGCCAACAUAGAAACAUUGCAUAAGGGGUCAUAACACAUUCCUGCCCUGCGGGAGACACCCAAAGCACUAGAGCACACCCAGGUGGAGCUCAGGUUGCGAGGAACGCAUGCUCUGACCCAUUGCCUUUGUCAGAUCCUUCCCAAGGUGGGACACUUUUCAGGCAGCAAACAAUCCUGUGCUGCCACGCAUACGCUGCUGCCUUGGUUUUCCCUUCCCUCAAGAUAGAAAACUGGAAAGCCUCUACCUGAACCUUCCCUUUGCGUUGCCUUUGCUUUUGAACAAGCGCUGGGGAGCAGCCGGGGGCUCUGCUGCCUCCUCCGUGGGGGCACAAUCAGCGCUGUCGUUUAUUGAAGUCUGAGAAACGGGCAGAGCUUCAUUUUGCAGGUAGGGAGGAGCUGCGCUGCAAACCAGAGGAGCAGUUUGCUUUUUUGGGGGAAAAUAGGGCUGGAUGGUGGCUCUGUAAAUAGCUGUGACACCCCACCCUGAAGAAUCUGGGCUGGGGCAGAUUGCUCCAUGUGGGACAGUUGCCCAUUCCUGGUUUCUUCUUGCCCCCCGUGUGUGGCUGUCUUGGUGUCGCUGAGUGUGCACCUGCUCUGCAUCGUUCAAAUGAAAACAG